UAUUCCGCAAAGUUAGGACCCUCCAUAUAAUUCAAAGUCCUUCUUUUUCCUCAUCUCAGUAUUCCCAUCAUAGCAUUUCGGCAUCUUGAGUCCAGAAAUCCGUUCCCACCGGCCAACAUGCCCCCGCCCCGCCGCCGCCGCCGCCGCCACCGCCGAUGUCCCCGCCUCCCCCACCUGCUCGUCUAUCCCUUCCUCUCCUCCGGCCAUAUCAUCCCCCUCCUCGACCUCACCGACCGCCUCCUCCGCCGGGGCGUCCGCGUGACCGCCCUCGUCACCCCCUCGAACCAGCACCUCCUCCGCCCCCUCCUCUCCGACCACCCUUCCCUCUUCCACCCCCUGGUCGUCCCGGCCCCCGACGUCCCCUGCAUCACCAAAAACAUCCUUAUCGUCAAGGUCCACUCCAUGCGCCACCACCACUACCCGGCGGUCGUCGAGUGGUUCAGGUCCCACCCCUCGCCGCCGGUCGCCAUUUUGUCCGACUUCUUUCUCGGGUGGACCCGAGACCUGGCCUCGGAGCUCGGAAUUCCCCGCGUCGUGUUUUCCCCCUCCGCCGCCUUCUCCGUGUCCAUCGAGUUCUCGCAGCAUCAGAACCUACCCAAGAACGGCGGCGACGACGAGAACUCCACGGUGACCUUCGCCGACGUGCCGAACUCGCCGACGUACCACUGGUGGCAGCUUUCAUAUCUAUUCAGGACAUACAAGGAAGGAGACGCCGAGAUGGAGUUUUACAGGCAGGGCUGGCUGGCCAACGCGGCGAGCUGGGGCGUCGUCUUCAACUCGUUCACGGAGCUGGAGACAGUCUACGUCGACCACAUGAAGAAGAGGUUCGGGCCGGGCCGGGUCUGGGCGGUGGGCCCGCUCCUGCCGCCGGCGGACGACGCGGCGAGCGCCACCAGCCGGGGCGGGUCCAGCUCGGGCCCGGCCCAGGAUGUGCUGAGGUGGCUCGACGGCAGGGAGGAGCGCUCCGUGGUGUACGUGUGCUUCGGGAGCCGCACGGUGCUGACGAACGACCAGAUGGCGGCGCUGGCGGCGGCGCUGGAGAUGAGCCGGGUCCACUUCGUGUGGUGCUUCCGGGAGACGGUGGACGGGAAGGCGCUGGACAGCCACGGCCUCGUGCCGGACGGGUUCGAGGGCCGCGUGGCGGGGCGGGGGCUGGUCACGGGGUGGGCCCCGCAGGUGGCGAUCCUGCGGCACCGCGCCGUCGGCGGGUUCCUGACGCACUGCGGCUGGAACUCGGUGCUCGAGGCGAUCGGCGCCGGCGUGGUGAUGCUGACGUGGCCGAUGGGCGCCGACCAGUACACCGACGCGAAGCUGCUGGUGGACCAGCUGGGGGUGGCGAUCCGGGCGUGCGAGGCGCCCGACGACGCGGUGCCCGACCCGGCCCGGCUGGCCCGGGCGCUGGCCGACUCGCUCGACGGGGCGCGGCCGGAGAGGGGCCGGAUGCAGAGGCUGAGCGAGGCGGCGGCGGACGCGGUCGACGGCGGAAGCUCGGCCAAGGACUUGGACGGAUUCGUGCAGAGCCUGACGGAGCUUCAAUGUGGAAGAAGCGACGCGGCGGCGGUUGACGGAGACCGUUGAUGGCCUGUCCAAUUUGACCGCUGAAACUAUAAAGAGACCUUUUUCUUUUUCUCAUUUUUUUUCCCUCUCUUAUUUGUGAGGAAAACUGCUUGUAUAAUAGAGUGAUUGGAAGUUGAAUCUCAAUUUUCCAUGCGAA